UCCAGGGACAUGGUGGCCAGGUUGAGCGUCUUCAUUUCCCAGUCUUUGGUUAUGAAAUGGCAAGAAACUCCAAGGUUUACCUGCAGUCAUUUUUGGAUGAGAUGGCGAGUGUUGUGCCUCAGGACACAAUGUCGGCUCUUCACCCUACCACAGCCACGCCCCCUGAUGUGUUACCAGCUUCUCCUCGAGGCCUCGGCUCCAUUGCAGCCCAAGACCAGAUUGUCACUAAGGAGCCAGCAAUAGCUGAAACACCCGAAGUCGCCGUAACAUCGGAACACAAUGCUGCUCCGGCUCUUACUCCAGCUCAGCCUACAGACCCGAGUGUGGGUGCAGAGCUCCACUUGGGGUCUGAACUGGUUUCUGGCCCCCUACUGGCGCCGGUGCCUCCAGCCACUGCCAUGAACGCCAGCUGUAAGAUCAUGACUUUCAGACCCACCAUGGAGGAGUUUAAAGACUUCGCUAAAUACAUGGUCUAUAUGGAAAGUCAAGGAGCUCAUCGUGCUGGGUUGGCUAAGGUAAUCCCUCCAGAUGGAUGGAAGCCACGCCGGUCCUACGACACUAUUGAGGACAUGGUGAUUCCAGCUCCCAUCAUGCAGGUGGUGACUGGUCAGUCAGGGUUGUUCACUCAGUACAACAUUCAGAAGAAGUCCAUGACAGUGAGUGAAUACCGCAAGCUGGCAAACAGCAAGAAGUACUGCACGCCGCGCCACAAAGACUUUGAUGACCUGGAGAGGAAAUACUGGAAGAACCUGACAUUUGUAUCUCCUAUUUAUGGCGCUGAUGUUAGUGGAUCCAUAUAUGAUGAGGAUGUUCAUGAAUGGAACAUCGGCCAUCUCAACACUCUGCUGGAUAUGGUGGAGCAGGAGUGCGGCAUCGUGAUUGAAGGCUUACAACACCCCUAUUUAUAUUUUGGCAUGUGGAAGACCACCUUCGCCUGGCACACUGAGGACAUGGUCUACAGCAUCAACUAUCUGCAUUUUGGACAGCCAAAAGUGUGGUAUGCUGUCCCACCCGAACAUGGCAAGAGGCUCGAGCGUCUGGCUCAAGGCUUCUUCCCCGGCAGCUCACAAGGGUGCGACGCUUUCCUUCGCCACAAGAUGACACUAAUAUCUCCAUCCAUCCUGAAGAAAUACGGAAUUCCUUUUGACAGGAUAACACAGAAAGAAGGAGAGUUUAUGAUUACAUAUCCCUAUGGCUACCAUGCUGGCUUCAACCACGGCUUCAACUGUGCAGAGUCCACAAACUUUGCCACCUUGCGGUGGGUGGAUUAUGGCAAGAUGGCCACUCAGUGCACCUGUCGUAAGGACAUGGUGAAAAUCUCCAUGGAUGUGUUUGUGCGCUGCCUGCAGCCCGACCGUUAUGAAAUGUGGAAGCAGGGCAAAGACAUCACAGUUCUGGACCACUUGAGGGCCACGGAGCUCAGCAGCCCCGAGCUGGAGAGCUGGAGGCAGCACCGUGUCAACCACCGAGCAAAGAUCCUUCGGAGGGCCAUGCAGAAGAUGAAGCAGGUCCGUCGUUUGAAGUUGGAGGAAGUCAAGGUGCUGGCUGAGGAGGGCAUUGAGCUGAAUGCUGCCGAGUACCAGCGUCAAGUGGAGGAGCGCGAGGCUGAGCGGAGACAGGAGAGGGAGGAACGCCUUGCCCAGAAGGCAAUGAUAACCCUCGAGGCUUUGGAGCGCGAGGAGCAGGAGGCAGCUGAAGCCGCUGCUAAAGCAGCACAGAAUCCAUUUAUGGAAGAAGAAACUGAUAUGAAACAGCAGAUCCUGCCAGAUGACCUGAAGGAGAAGAGGCAGAAAAAACCGAAGAAGAUUUCUAACCUCCACUCAGCCAUCACUGGAUUUGAGGAAGCGUUUGAGCAGUUUGCCACAUCGAGCGUCAAAAAUUCCAAAAAGGCAACAGCUGACCCCUCAUUGUCUGGACACAGCAACGGCCCAGCAGACAUCAUGAAGGAUGUGGGCACCACUCAGACUUGCUUCCCCAAGAUGAAAAUGCCUACAGAGGUCAAGAAGAGUCGUCGCCACCCGCUCAGCAAGCCGCCGACACGCUCUCCGCUGUCCAUCGUCAAACAGGACCCCUCCAGUGACAAAGAGCUGUCCUCCCCCAUGCCGCUGGAUAGCGACAUGAAGAAGCAAGAGCACCUGUGGCAGAAUCACUCGCCCAACUUCCGGGCUGAGGUGGCCUUCAAUGCUGCCGUGGCCGCACUUCAGCCACACUGCGCCGUCUGCUCUCUCUUCUGUCCCUACAAAAAGCCACAAAAAGACGUGACCAGUGGAAACGAUUCGCCGCGCUCCUCCAUUCCUCAUCACGGCAGCAUGACUCGUCCAUUGGUUCCAGAAAUGUGCUUCAGCGUGGGAGCCGGAAACACGGAGCCGCCGCCCACCAACUGUCACAUCGGGGAGGACGGCACCAGUCUACUGAUCCGCUGUUCUUCCUGCAACAUGCAAGUCCAUGCCAGUUGUUACGGUGUGAAGCCAGAUUCUGUCAGUGGUCCCUGGACGUGUUCCAGAUGUGAAGCAGGAGCCUGGACAGUGGAGUGUUGUCUUUGUAACUUGAGAGGAGGAGCUUUGAAAAAGACAGUAGACAACCGAUGGGUCCAUGUCAUCUGUGCCAUCGCCGUGGCUGAAGCUCGCUUUGUCAACUCCAUUGAAAGGGAGCCAGUGGAUGUCAGCGCCGUCCCAGAGACCCGCAAAAAUCUGAAAUGCGUGUUCUGCCACAGCAAGAGCGCCAAUCAGAACCGUGGCGCCUGCAUCCAGUGCUCCCACGAGAAUUGCGCCACCUCCUUCCAUGUCACCUGUGCCCAAAUCGCCGGAGUGAUCAUGAUGCCUGCCGACUGGCCGUAUGUGGUGUCUGUCACCUGCCACAAGCAUAAAAGGGGGCCUCCAAAACCUCGCCCGCCACCCAAGGUUCCUCAGGGUCCAAGUCUGGGGCAAAAGGUGAUUGGUCGCAACAACGACGGCUGGUACUACCACUGCACCGUCAUCGGCAUGGCAACGCAGACGUACUACGAGGUCAACUUUGAUGAAGGCUCUUACUGUGACAACUUGUUCCCUGAAAACAUAUUGAGUCACGACUGCCUGCGCAGUGGUCCUCCUGAGGUUGGGGAGCUCAUUGUGGUCAGCACCCCGGAGGGGGAGAUCCGAAACGCUUCCUUUGUCAGACUGCACACCCACAAGUUCUACCAGGUCGAGUUUCAGGACCAGAGUCAGCUCAUACUCAAACACACUGAGAUCUAUCAGCUGGACCACGAGUUACCCAAAAGGGUCCGAAACCGAUUGUCGACCCCCGUACAGCAGGAGAGCGUCCCGUCGGUAGACGAAGCCCAGGCGGCCAAACGGCGCCGUCUCCCCUCUGCCACGCCGGCCGAAACCCCCAUGGAGACCACCAGUGCCCCCGCCGGCCCCGCAAUGACAGUCCCGAUGGCAACGCCAGCCCCAGAUAGCAGUAUUAACACGACGCUGCCCUCCCAGCCUCUGAGCCAGCUGGCCGUGGCGCCGCAGGAUGCCGUCCCCGCGGCCAGCGCCAUUCAGGUGGACACUGAGAGCCCGAUGGACACCGGUGUUGCCCUCUCCGACGCGCUAACGGAGUCCAGCCUGGUCUCGGACCCCACGCUGACACUGCAGUCAACCCCCUUUCAGUCAACCUUGAACUCUGACCCCCUCCUGUCCGCGCCGUCGCCUCCACCUCCACCUCAGCACAUGUCCGACGGCUACAUGCCCAGCAGCGGCUUCGUGUCCUACAUGGAAACGCUCCUGCACUCACAUUUUCCUCAGGACGACGGCCCCGGAUCCCUGUAUUAGAGAGGAGGAACCUGCUGCGUUGUCACUCGGCCGCUGGAAGCCGAGCCUGUUGGAAGUAAGCUAACGGAGCGGAUCCUACUGAGUGCUGUAUUAAUGGACAUCGGUAUUCCUUCCUCCGGCUCUGGCAGGCCGGGAGCAGGAAACAACUCAACAUCAUGAGUACUCUUAUAAUGCAUGUUACCUUCCUAUUUUUAAGUUAACGUAUUUGCAGUGGUGCUUUAGCCUGUGCAGAAGCAGAAGCUAAAUAGAGCAUUUCUUCAUGUUCAGCAUUAAUGUUAUUAUUUUAAUAAUCUGUCUUUACUGACAGUUUUUUUUUUUUAUUAUUGUAAGGAUUUCUUGCCAGCUACUGUUUUUUUUUCCCAUCCUAAUAUGAAUAUACAUCUCUGGGUGGGUCCGCGUACCUUCUGGCGUUUUGAUUUGGAAAAAAUGAAAAUGGGAAACAAUUCAUUCCUCGUUUUUAUAUUGGUAAAAAAAAAAAAAUCAACAUCGGCUGCAUGCCCAGCUACAUUCAACACGAGCAGGGGAACACGGAAGGCGGUCUUUGACAGCUUGCUUCCGUUUUAAGCAGCUUGUCAUCAGAGGGGCCGGACACCACAAGGCGCCGCGGUCUGCGCUGCCAUUUUAAAACGAAGAACAUCUUCGGACUCUUUUUUUUUUUUUUUUUUUUUUUUUUAACCAAUCAACAUGGAAAAUGUAAAUCGGCUUGUUUCCCUUUUUUUGUUUUACCGAAUCAAAAUGAAAUGAGAUGGCUGGAAGGUACGCAGACCUGGCCGGCAUUGACCUUUGACCUCAUACCUCGUCGCGAUUUAGUAAUUGAUGGCACACUCCUAAAAAUAGCAUGUCGGCCUCCCAGCGCUGAGGCCCCCCGUUGACUUCAUCUCGCUCUCUUUCUCUCUCUCUCUCUCUCUCUUUGUCUCUCUCUCUCUCUCUCUCAUUUUUAAGGAACAACCAGCAACAAGAUAUAUAUUUUUAAAUCCA